GUCAAUGGCGCUGCCCAUGCUGUCAGACGCUAUAAUGGCACCGAUACAAAGAUGAGUCCUCUAUCUAUCUCUAUGGAAAAGACAGUAGUAGCAAGUUCCAAGUGUACUUUUCAUGGUUUGAGCCGAGUUUUCUGUAAAAAUGGAAUCGGCGGCAGUUAAAGAAGCACCAUCUCUCUUUACUCCGGUGACGGUUUAUUCUCUGCUGGCCUGCGCCGCUCAAUUCGCCGUGGGCUAUAUCCUCGCGCAGAUAUGGGGAAGAAAAUGCUCUGGAACUGAUAGAUGGGUGCUCGUGUGGCUUUUCUACGAUGCGAUUGUUCACAUUACCUUGGAAGGACCCUUUGUUUACAUGUCACUUGUUGGAACCGUGGCAACUUCAGACAAUAUUUUUGCUGAACUUUGGAAGGAGUAUGGAAAGGCAGAUGAGCGCUGGCUCCACUCUGACCCCACCAUAGUCUCCCUGGAGCUGCUGACGGUGGUCCUGGACGGCAUCCUGGCGCUGGUGCUCGUCUACGCCAUCGUCAAGGACAAACACUACAGGCACUUUGUCCAAAUCACGUUGUGUGUGUGUGAGUUGUACGGAGGCUGGAUGACAUUCUGUCCAGACUGGCUGGUAGGCAGCCCCAACCUCAACACAGACAACUGGCUCUACUUAUGGAUCUACCUGGUCUUCUUCAAUGGGGUGUGGGUGGUGGUGCCUGGACUGCUGCUGUGGCAAUCAUGGCUGUCACUCAAACGACUUCACCCCUCCUACCAAGCCCCAAAGAAGCUGGACUAGACCAUGUAGCUUCACCUUUUUCAUUCCAUUUCAGAGCGGAUGAUUUCGGUUGAAAGUUCUCUAGAUGUUUUUGGACCUAUUUGUGUGCUUAAAACUAGUCCGAAUGGAUCUGUUGAUGGACUAACCAUGAAAAGAUGUGAAACUGAGGAGACACAUUGGCCAACAAAACCCUGUCUGCAUCUGUUUCUCCACCUGCAGGCUAUGCCUUGUGUACAUGUAGCCUAGCGUCAUGUGUUAUGUUGGUAAAUAGGAGGGGAAACGGCAGCAUAGGGGAAAUGUCAACAUUGAGGCCUCACCUCGGUGUCAUUUGUCAAAUGUAUUACGUAAUGCAUAAUAUCAAAUGACUCAACCUUAUUCUACAUUCUUUUGUAUGUAUAUAAUAGGCAUUAGCACGCCCACUACACAGAAAAGCCUGGCUAUGCACAAAUAAUGUAUGCCAUUUAGCAGACAGACAUUUACAUUAGGUUUAGCAUGUUUUAUUAGUUGAUAUGUUAUCAUUAAUAUAAAGAAAAAGGUUAUGUAUCUGCAACACAAACAUAUUAGUUUCCCUAGCUAUCUUUCCCCUCAUCUCCACAGUGUAACAAUACUCUCCAGUCUUCCUUAGGAGCAGGCACAUUUAACUGCUGUGAUUUAAAAGUGUUAAAUCUCAACCAUGUACAAUCAAAAUGGCCAAAUAUGGAUCCGGCGCUUAGUUCAGUCCAUAAUUGGAUUGAAAAUCCUGGCUCUUCCACAAUCAUUGGUCAAUUAUAAUAUAAUAAUUAUAAUUAUAAUCUGCAUUUCAAAUUGCACCCUAUUCCCUUUAUAGUGCACGACUUCUGAGGUACUUUUCAUAUUGCUCUAGUUGAAAGUAGUGCACUCAUUUAUACAUACUACCGGUCACUAGUUUUAGAACACCUACUCAUUCAAGGGUUUUUCUUUAUUUUGACUAUUUUCUACAUUGUAGAAUAAUAGUGAA